CGGAAGAUUACAGGCACAUCUGUGCUAAAAUACGAUCUUUGAAACCACCAUCAGCUGUCUGUGGAUCUUUGUAGCUUCACCCAAACCUCUCCUGUCGGAGUUCCAUAUCUGGUAGGCUAUCUGACAGCUUCGGGACCAAAGCUCUUUGGACCGGCUUCGUGUUCCGUUCGGUACCGGGUCUGGACUCACCUCCGCGCUUCUGGGCUCCACGCGUGGCCACGGUCAGCCGUGAAACAUCAUGGGAGGUGGCAGAUGGAGGAGACUGUCGUGGGCCGACCACUGACACAUACAAACACUUGCUGACGCGCACACACCGACACACCAUGGAGCAGGGCUUCAGCCUAAAUUCACUGAAGAAGCUGGCAGCAGAACCGGACUACACCGACGUGUCUCUGACAGCGGCAGAGCGCGUUCGAGCCCUGGCAAAGAUGGGAUGCUGCGUGGAGAUCAAUGAGGACAUCACGCCCAGACGCUACUUCCGCUCAGGUGUGGAGAUGGAGCGCAUGGCGGCGGUUUACCUUGAGGAGGGUAGUCUAGAGAAUGCCUAUGUUCUCUACACCAAGUUCAUCACUCUGUUUGUAGAGAAGCUGCCCAGCCACAGAGACUAUCAGCAGGGUUCAUCCAUCCCAGAGAAGCAGCUGAUCAUGAAGAAACUUCAGGAGGUGGCGUUUCCUCGAAAAGAGGAGCUGAAGAAACGUCUUCAGGAAAAAUACAGCAGGGAGCACACCGAUUACCUCAGUGCCCAGAGAUCAUCAGUGAUGGUGGAUGGGUGUGGCCAGCAGCUGCAGCGGCUAUCCCUAUUGGAUGAGGAAAGGAGCCGCCUCUCGCUGUUAGAAGAAGAGAAACUACGGGUUGCAGCCCAGAGGCGCAUGCAGAUCGAGUCGGAACAGUUCCGCUACUUCGAGGACCAACUGAGGCGCCAGGAACUGGCCAGUAGGAGAGUAGAAGAGGCGGAGCCAAAGAUGGAGACCAAAGUGCCUGAGGUCACAGAUGGCUCCUGUCUGUCUCAGCAUCCAAACAGAGAUGUUGUUUUAUCCCAGGGACUGAACCAGAGCCAAAACCGGCCUCCUGCUGCCAUCAACCAACCAGCCCCGUCUUUGGCUGGAGUACACAGUCAGAGAGUGGAGGGUCUGAGGCGAGUGGUGAUUCCCCGAGAUCUGAUGUAUCGGUUCCUCCUGCUGGCCAACUCCAACACCUCCAGAGGAACAGAGACCUGUGGCAUCCUCUGUGGACGGCUGACACACAACGAGUUUGUUCUGACUCACGUUGUGAUCCCAAAACAGUCAGCUGGUCCAGAUUUCUGCGACAUGGAGAACGUGGAGGAGCUGUUCAGUUUCCAGGACCAACAGAACCUGCUGACCCUGGGCUGGAUCCACGUACGACAACAUACUCAUCCCACUCAGACGGCCUUCCUCUCCAGCGUUGACCUCCACACGCACUGUUCCUAUCAGCUGAUGCUGCCCGAGGCAAUCGCCAUUGUCUGUGCUCCUAAACACGAUGAUACGGGAGUGUUUCAGCUGACCAGUUCUGGGAUGACUGAGGUUUCUGCAUGCAGACAUAAAGGUUUCCAUCCUCACUCCAAGGACCCGCCCCUCUUCACGGUGUGUAAACACGUGGUGGUCAGAGACGUGAAGCUGAACCUGCUGGAUCUCAGGUGACAGAGCAGGGGUGCUGUCUAUCUGCUGCCAGGCUUUUAUUCUGAAGAGAAAACUGUGACCCUUCUGCCUCUGUGUGUAGUGAAGUUUCUUGAUGUGCUCAGUUUACAGGAGGUUUACUUUUAUUGUGUUGAGCUGCCAGCUGCGCACACAAAUCUAUGAUUUAUUUUUUCCUUGUGGCUGAGAGUUUUUCCUGCAGUGUGUGACGUGUUUACAGGAAACAAACAAAAAUCAGACGCUGAAAUGACGGCGUGCCUUCUCAUGAAACCACGAACGUUUGUGACAGUCAAAAAAAUCUGAAUCUAAAUUUACUGAAUCUGAUUUUAACAGAACUUUUAAACCAAUUAGUUUUUUAUUUUGUCCACAUCGGCCAACACACAGGAGUGUUUUUUAUUUUUUAUAUUGCUGUUUAAUUAUUUUAAUAAGAUUUGAACACUUUAGUGCCUGAAACUACUGACAUUGUCAGUUGGUGACUCCGGUUACUGGAUUAUUGAGUUAUUUUAUCUCCUGAAUGUCCAUCUGAAGCUUGACGUUGUUUAAAAAUCAGAACAUUAAGGCUCAAAUCAAGAACAGAAACACUAUCAGAUAAAAGUUAUACCGUCACAAUCUACUGUUUCAUUUUUGCAUUUUGCCAUUUUCAGGUCUGUUUAAUUUUUCUUCACAAAGAUUGACAUGUUAGAAAUUAAGUUGGGAUUUACUCAGGAUGCAGAAAAGCAUCACAAUAGCUUUAUGGUUAAUUUUUCUGGGUACUAAAAGUAAGGAGCUAAGAUUAUUACGUGUGACUUGUACCAAGUAUUGUUACUUGCUACAUGUUUUGUAGCUAACUUUUGUUUUGCAGCAUGAAAUUCACAUUUUGUUACAUGUAACUUUCGAUGUGUAACAUGAAACUUUCAUUUUGUAACUUGCAGAAUAAAAUCUAUGUACAAGUUUCAAAUCACAACUCUCAAAACACACAUCUCAGUCUACAGUUACAAAGCUCAAGUCUCCAUGUACAAAAUAUUGUCUCAAUUCAAGGUUCCUUCCCAAAGAACCAAUGACAGGUUUAGUCUUAUCAGCCAACCAUCUGUCUCGGAUAUGAAAUCCUGCUGUAAUUCAAAAUGUAAGUUCUUUAUUUACAUCAGUUUAAUUUCUCUAAAAAUUACCUCCACCUAGUGGUAAAGCGUGAGAACGCAAGCACGUUUGGUUGUUGUGAGCAGCACAACAGACCUCUGCCCUCUGGUCAUGAUUGGACAGGAAUCCAAGACUCAUGAUUGGCUGGUCAGACAACGCCUGUCAUUGAUUCUUUGAGAUAGGAAGCUAGAAUUGAGACAAACUGUUUUGUAUAAUAUAGACUUGAGUUUUGUAACUGUAGACUGAGAUGUGUGUUUUGAGAGUUGUGAUUUGAAACUUGUACAUUGAUUUUUUUUUUCUGCAAGUUACAAAAUGAAAGUUCAUGUUCUGUACUGAAAGUUACAAAUCAAAAGUUACGUGUUACAAAACAUGAAUUAGAUGCUACUACAUGAAAGUUACGGUUACAUAACAUGUAAGUUACAAAACUUGGUUCGAGUUGCAUGUAAUAUUGUCCUGAUCCUAGCUCCAUAUAAAGUUGCGUGUGCAUGAAAUACCUGCAGACAGUACUCAGGGCUUCAAUAACUGCUGCUGUAAAAUAAAUAUUCUACAUAUCUAACAAGUUACAGUCCGUUUUCUGAGAGUGGAAGGGCAGAGCUAGACAGAACUACUGAAUGUUAGUUAUUAAAUGAUGAUCAGACACCAUCAGAUGAAUCAGUGAUCUGAAAAGUUGUAAAACCACGUCGUAUUGAACCAUUGUACCAUUUUAGUUGAAAAGAAAAACCGUAUCUCUGCUCCAGCGAUAUUUAUUAAGACAAUUCUUAACUUUCUAAAAUAAACCUUAAACUAACCUGAAGUGAAAAUGAAUCUGAUUUAUGGAAAAUUUUGAGAAAAAUUAUCUAUGAAAUCUGAUUUUAAAUGAGAAUUUAUCAAUAAACAUGAAAAUAUAGUGAAAUAAGUUAGAAAAAACUUUUUGAUUUAAAAUUGAUCUGCAAUCAUUUUUGAUUGAUUUGAAACCGAACCUGAUACGUUUGUUUAUUUAUUUAUUUUUUAUUUGCUGUUCAGCCAGAUUUUCUUUUUUUAAUGUCUUUUGGUUACAUUUGGCUGUAAAAAUGCCAGCGGCGAGGUGCUUAUGUGUAUUUUACUGCAGACAAAGACAUUUAUAAUUUUUUAUAAUUUUAACUUGCCAACAGCUAUAAAGACUGAGAUCUGCAUCAGUUUUUUCAAACAUUUAUUUAGGUAAAAACAUUUUUUUAUGUGUAAACAAGCUGUGUAUGUGGUAUACACUCAGCAGGGAGCACUGCACAGAUGACAUGUUUUGUUUCUCCUUAAGUCAAUUUCACAGGUAUAAAAUCAGCUGGUUUACAUUUUGUGGGCAUUUUAAAAAAAUUUCCUGAGAAAUGUUACAGGAGGACUUUUCUCUAUUCUCACUGAUGUUUUUGGUGCCAUGUUUUCCGAUGUGCCGAGUGUUUCAUUUUGUUUGAGAAGCAGAUUUGAGGUUUCUCCUUGUGUGUUCUGGAGCUGACUGCUGUUUUAAAAACAGGCAGCUGAUUUUCGGUAAUAAAACACCAACUGCUGCUCAGA